CCUUUAAAAGGCGGCGCCGGAGCGGCUCGCCGCGGGAGGCCGCGGCCAUUGUGUGCCGGGUUUUGCCCCCCUUCCCGCCGGCCCGGCGCUCGCAGCCGCGCCGUUAAAAGAGCAGGCAAGAUGGCUGAGCUGGGCGGCAAGGGGGUCACCGCGGGCAAGAUCGCCAGCAACGUCCAGAAGAAGCUCACGCGGGCGCAGGAGAAGGUCCUUCAGAAGCUUGGGAAAGCAGAUGAAACAAAAGAUGAACAGUUUGAACAGUGUGUGCAGAACUUCAACAAACAGUUGUCAGAAGGCACAAGGCUGCAGAAGGACCUCCGAACUUACUUGGCUUCCGUAAAAGCCAUGCAUGAGGCCUCCAAGAAGCUGACGGAGUGUUUGCAGGAAGUUUAUGAGCCGGAUUGGCCUGGGAGAGAUGACACGAAUAAAAUAGCAGAGAACAAUGAUCUGCUCUGGACAGAUUUCCAUCAGAAGCUGGUGGAUCAGGCGCUUCUGACCAUGGAUACAUACCUUGGCCAAUUCCCAGACAUUAAAUCUCGUAUAGCAAAGCGAGGAAGGAAGCUUGUGGAUUAUGACAGCGCCAGACACCAUUUUGAAGCCCUGCAAACUGCAAAGAAGAAGGAUGAAACCAAAAUUGCAAAGCCUGUUUCGCUGCUUGAGAAAGCUGCGCCUCAGUGGUGUCAAGGGAAGCUACAAGCUCACCUCGUUGCACAAACUAAUCUGCUCCGAAAUCAGGCUGAAGAAGAGUUAGUAAAGGCUCAGAAGGUGUUUGAAGAGAUGAAUGUUGAUCUCCAGGAGGAGCUGCCUUCGCUGUGGAAUAGUCGUGUUGGUUUCUACGUCAACACAUUCCAGAGUAUAGCGGGCCUAGAAGAGAACUUCCAUAAAGAAAUGAGCAAGUUGAACCAAAACCUCCAUGAUGUCCUGCUGGGUCUAGACAAGCAGUACUCAGGCAAUGCCUUCCCUGUUAAAGCACAGCCCAGUGAUAGCACCCCAGGGAAAGCAAAUAAAAGCCCCUCGCCUCCACCAGAUGGAUCACCCAUCACCAGCCCUGAGACCAAGACUGUCAACCAUGAGCUGGAGCCGUCCUCUUUGGAAGCACCUGGGGCAAGCAUCCCAAAGUCACCAUCUCAGCUGAGGAAAGGGCCUCCGGUGCCUCCGCCUCCAAAAGUCACCCCCUCCAAGGAGAUCAAGCAGGAGAACAUCAUCAGUCUGUUUGAUGACAAUUUUGUCCCUGAGAUAAGUGUGACAACCCCCUCGCAGUUUGAUGCCCCUGGGCCCUUCCAGGAGGGAGCCAGCCUGUUGGAUCUGGAUUUUGAUCCCAUUAAACCAGAUGCCACUGUGGGGAAGACCCCCACGCCUGCCUCCCAGUCUUUACCUUGGGAUUUAUGGGAGCCUGCAGAAGCAGCUCAUGCAGGUGCUGAAGCAGCUGGAUCAGAAGUGGCAGCUGGAGCCGAAGCAUCUAAAACCGAAGCUGAUUCAGGAUCUGCCUCAAGCUCUCUGCCUGCUGUUGUUGUGGAAACUUUCCCUGCUACUGUCAAUGGCACCGUGGAAGGAGGCGCUUCCUCUGAAAGAGCUGACAUGCCCCCGGGGUUUCUUUUCAAGGUCCAGGCCAUGCAUGAUUACACAGCCACUGACAGUGAUGAGCUGCAGCUGAAGGCUGGGGAUGUUGUGCUUGUGAUUCCAUUUGAGAACCCUGAGGACCAGGAUGAAGGAUGGCUGAUGGGCGUGAAGGAGUCUGACUGGAUCCAGCAUAAGGAACUUGACCAAUGCCGAGGGGUUUUCCCAGAGAAUUUCACAGAGCGGGUGCAGUGAAAGCCUGAGCCCACCAGCCACAUUUUCUGCUGGAAGAGAGCAAGUUUUCUGGUGGAUGUUUGAAAAAGAACAGCAAAAUGAAAAGAAGAGAAUUUUAAAGGAACAGAAGCCUAUAAAAGUGUCAACUUAAAGGGUGUGUUCUCAAAGGGCAAGGUUUUAGAAGUAAAUUGAAAUUCAAAGCAUUAUUAAAAUGUAUACAUAUUAAUAAUAAUACGGCAAGUCAAAUACCCUCUUCCACCUUUGAUUUAACAGCAUUUGAAUUCAGAGGACUGAUACAGAAGCAACUCAGUGUGGUUCUGUAAAUACUGCAUUGCCUAAAUUGGUGAGAUGUCAGUGUGAUCCCUGGAAAGGCAAUAUUUGUCUAAUGACUUGAGAGUAGAAGCUCCGUUUGCUCUUGGGUGGGCUCAUCCAUUUUGUCUUGAAGGUGGCUUGCAUGGCAACCAUAAAAAUUCAGCCUUCCCCACGUGUUCAAUUUACAGUAGGCCAAAAUAUCUGUUAUGCUGUUGAAAAGAAAUAUUUAGUGUAUAGUGUUCACCAAUACAAUGUACGUGUGUGUGUGGGUGCGUGUGUAUUUUAUUUUCUUUCUUUAAAACAAUGUUACACAAACUGUGAUUUUAUACAUUUAAAGAUAAAAGAAGCUAUGUGGGAAGGGCAUGGAGGAGAUGAAAUGCGUGAAGCUGUGCUAAGUCCAGAGUUUUUCCAAGUGCAGAAAUUGAAAUUUUCAAGCUAGUGUUUGCCUGUGAAAUGCUAAGAGGAACUGAAAAAUUGAAGAGGAGAAACAAGACAAAACAAGCAGAUGCUGAAACUUUAGAUAGUUCUGAAAUUUAGAAGAGAGAAUCCCCUGUCCCCCAAACCCUAUAAACAGAUUCAGAAAAGCUUAGAUUCAUGUAGACGGAGGAUAGUUAUCAAAUCUGGCUGGUUCAACAGUGUGCUUUUAAGGAAAGAGAUAAUGGAAGAAAAUUUUUUUUCUGAAAGGCUAUGUAAGAAAAAACACUGAGAAAAAACAAUCUGCUUUCUGUAUUUUUAAUUGGAAUUGUUAUUUGUGGAAUUGUAUUUCUUAUUUUCCUUUGAAGAAUUCUUUAAGCAAAGUAUCAUUAGAUCAGAUUUCUCCAGUGUUGUGCUGGUGAUCAAGUUAACCUCCAAGAAAACUGGACUCUUAAAAUAAUCAUUUGAAAUGGCUGUAUGACUUCAUAGUAUUUUAAUGCAUUAGAAGUGGAAGGCAAGAAUAUCAAAGUGUCAGUGUCAAGAAGACACUCUGCAGUCUAAUACUGAUGCUGAGAAUUUUCCUAGACCUUUCCUUUGCUCUUGUUUGUUUUUGAGGGUUUUUUUUUCCUUUAAACAAGCAGAUAUUUCAAAGUGCAUAUUACACUUGUUAAAAUAAGCCGGUUCUGACCCUCCAAGACUCCCACAAAGGUACUUUAAACUUUACUUGAAUACUGAUGCAGAUGACAAGCAGGUCAGGCUAUUACCAUUUUUUAUGGCUUUUUUUAUCCCCACGAUCUUUUUGCCUUGAAGGGAUUUUUAACAGUGAGGUUACCUCCUGCUGCAGAGGGACAGGAUCACUCUAUGAAAUAAUCUUCCUAACUGUUAGGAGCUGGCUUUUGUCAAAGAUGCAGAGAAUGCUGACACACACUACUGAAAAUCCCACCUUUUCUGAUCUCUUUUCAUUACUUCUAGGACAACAGAAAAAAACAUUGUAGGGCAAUAGUAGACUACUUUUUUUUUUUUUUUUUCCAUUUUGGUUCAAAGGGAAGUGUCAGAUUUUGAUCCAAAGCUAUAUUCUCGUAAAUGCAAGGAUUGCUGGAGUUCCUCUUGCUUUCAACUUGGGAAAUUAUCUGUACUUGGUAUUUACAGCAAUAUAACAGGUAUCAAAAUCUGUCCAGUAUGCCCAAAUCCCCCCCCCCCCUAUUUUUUUAAAAUAGACUUGCAGGAAUUUGGAACAGUGGUGUAAAAUACAAAGCCAGAUAGUAUUUAGGAGUAAUUGCUCACAAUACAGAAGGACUGGACUCCCCAAGUUAUAGUAUGGUGAGCUAUUGCUUUCGAAUACUGCCCUGUUUAGUGUUUUUUGGGGUUUUUUUGUUUUUUUUGCCAAGGUUGUCUUUAUUAUUACUCUUUCUUUCCAAAAUAUCUAUUUUUAUGCAUUUGUGACCCCAAUUACUCCUUUAAAGAAUAAUCUUAGAAAAAAUAUACAUUUAAAUAUACAUAGAAAUAUAUAUAUAUUAAAAAGCAGGUUGAUCCAAUUAACAUAAUGCUCUCGGCUUAAAAUGUUUAUUUUUAUGCAAAACCUGUGGAUUAUUGUUUUUUAAAAAAAGACAAGAUUCUAAGUACGAGAGCUGUGAUUUUUGUCUUGCAAGUAAUUGUUCUAGAGCAUUUAGAAAGCUGUGCUGAUUUCUAAUUUAUUGUGGGUUUUUUGUUCUUGUUGUUGUUGUCUUCUGCUGUGUUUCAACCAGAUAACUAUCCUAAAAGAAAUCCUUAUAAGGCCUUUUCAUUUUAUUGAGCUUGUAAAGCAACUAUCCAGUACUGUAUUGUCCCUGCAGAUGUGGUAACACUCUGCACAAAAGGGAUGCUGUUUUCAGGUCACAUGAAUGAUGCUCAAAUAUUACUAGUGUGAAGGAUAUUGCACCUCUCCACAUUUGCUCAUGCCCAACCUGCAGAAAACCUUGCUUGGAGCAGGUAGGGUGGGUUACCUAGAUCUUGCAUUGCUUGCAAAUAAGUGGUUGCAAGUGUAUUUCAGAUUCUGAAAGUGCAGGAUUGGACUCUGAGUUUAUAAAUUGCCUUAUAUGAGAGUAAGAUUGCUUAGCCGGAAGCUUGUAGGUGGUGAUUUUUAUUUAGAGCCAGGAGAUCUGUCAUCUCCUGGGUCAUGUUCAGCCCAUUGUAAACAGGCACAGCUCCUCUGAUUUUCAGUAUUUUUACAUCAGCUAAAUACCUCAACUCUGGUUGAUACUACCUGGUGAAAGAGACUUCCCAUUUACUUUGGCUUAGGAUUGAUUCAUGUAGACAGAGGGACAGUAAACUUUCAAGUAGGCUGUGCCCCCAGUGGUUUUUCAGUUUGCGGGCUAAACUGAAAAAUCUGGAGGAAAAAAAGUUGUAAUGGUGACCUGAAAUUGUAAGGGUGACCUGAAACAAUUUUUUUCAUUUUUUAAGGGAAAUGAAAAAGGGAAAAAUCAAAACAUAAAAAAAUAGUUUCAAUCAAAAAUGAAACAUUUCAUUUUUAGAGUUGCUUUUUCACUUUUUUAAAAACAUUAUGACUUUAAGCAUACUUGGGCUAUGAAAAGUUGUUUUGAAGGAAAAAUGUGAAACCUUUUGUUUUGAAAAUGCUGAAAGAAAAAGUUUUAAUUUUAAUAGUGGUUUUGCUCCCCCCCCCCCCAAUCUGACAAAUAGUUUCGGUUAACCCAAAACUGCAUCUUUUUGGUGAAUACAUUAUAUAUGCAAGAGAACCUAAAGAAGCUUGUUGCCCAGUUGUGCUCCACUGACUGUUACACUGCACGUUUCAAGGAUUGCAGGGUAUCUGGCCCAGCAAAUCUGGCAUUUGUCCAUCUAAUAAUCCUCCUGUUUGAUUGUUUUCCUGGGUGAACUGUAAAAGCAUUUGUCAGCCUUUGCCCUUGACUGGUUUUGUAGCCUGGCUUAGAAAGACAUUCUUGCUCUGUCAGUCUCAGUUUGGUCACAGAUUUAUGAGCAUAAAUUUAUGACACUUCUCCAGUUUGAGCCUAACCCUGUUGUUCAGUGGGAAUUAUCAUUUACCCAAUUGAUCAGAAGGAAAUAAGGCAUUGUUCUUUCUCCCUUUUUCUCUCUAUCUUAACAAUAUCAGUAAUACAUCUUUAUUACAUAGAAUUAGGGGAAGAGGUCCCAGGUUAAAGAUGAAUGCAUCGUUCCAGGUGGGACUCCUGCUUGCUCUGUGUUGCUUUGUAUGGGCAUUCUUCAGCCAUCUGCUUUUACGACCUUUGCUCUCGGCUGUGAAGGUCAUGUAGCAAAAAGGAUUGUUCAGGCUUCAUUCCAGGUGCUCGGAUUGUGGCAAACAGAUCACAAAGUUGGACUAGCUCCUUGAAGCCACCGGCUCCAGUUUUCCAGUUCACAAAUGCAGUACCCUUUCCUGUCCUCCUCCCCAGAGAGUGUAGCCAAGGCAAAGACCCCCAAGUCACAGGGAUUCUCUCUUUUAUGACCUGGAGCAGCUUGUCAGGGCUCCAUACACCUGAAAUCAGGGUAUCUACUUUUUUAGUUUCACAGCAGCUUCUUGAAAGGGAAAGGCCCAAGUUUAAGUAGAUGCUGUGGGAGGAUGGAAGGAUGGUAAAUUACCUUUUUCAUUUUAGGAUGAUACUUUGAUUGCCCCAUCUCUUGGUUCAAGGGAGAUCCAGAACCUCUCUAUUUAGGACUGAAAAUAAAAUAUGAGCAAUCAAGAUGUACAUGGCCGAUAAUGUAGGCAUCCCUGUCCUGUGUAAAACAUCUUUCCUGCUCUGUGCCAGAGGGAUUGAGUGCUCUUGGCCUCUAUCAUGGAUGUUUUGGGCACUGUGCAGUCUGUUCCCCCAAACGAUGAAUGUCCUCUGAUGCUAGAGGAAGCAGAAGCAUCUCAGCCCUUUCUAGGAAAAGUUAACCAUCCCCCAGAGGCAAGGGCCUGUGUGCUUCUAGAGCAGCGCCCUUUCUCUAGGACCUAGUUUGUCACAGCCCUCUCCUGUCAGACUGCAGCUUCCCUGAUCUCUUCUGAGCAGAUCCUUGGGCCAUUCUGCGCUAUCCUGUACAGUGUGGUGAGGACUGGAUCCAGUGUGUAUGUCCAUAGCAAGGGCAGGUCUUCAGCAUCACUUUGGUUCCUGUUAUUUUAGCUGCAGUUGUGCAAUAUAAAGAAGCAGGUGCUCUAAGUGCCAUACAAGUCAGUGAGGCUUUUGCACAUGUACUUUCUUGAAUGGUGCCUGCUGGCCAUAACAAGCAUUGGCCCCUCCUUUAUCACUAUUUUUGUUGAAUCUGGAAGAAUUUUAUCCACUGGAAGGUCACUCCUUUUGUGUGCUACAAAUGGCCCAUCUUCAGAAGUGACCAGACAUUGGAAAAUGUGAGUGGAUAAAAGAUAGGAAGCUGCUUUAAGGCCUUUAGAUCAUAGGGUAGGAACUGAGCUGAGUCAAAAGCUCCAAAGCUGGGACGAUCCCUGCUAGUGUAGAAGAGCAAAUGGUCAGGCUGUUACAUCCCUUAAGCCCCAUCUGUGCAGGGAAGUAAAUACAAUAUUGCUUAGCUGAGGCAAGAAAGAACAGUAUGACACUGAGGCCUUGUGCCCACGAGGGGCUAGAGAUUGUAUUUCAGUGUAGUGCCUAGUUUUUCAUCCAUUCCCUGGAUGGUCUGGGUCAGUAGUGGCCCCAGUGCUGCAUUCCCUUAACUUCCUUUGUUGCUCCACUGUUUGGCUCCUGUGGCAUUUGUGGCCUGCUUUGGGGAUGCAGGAGCAGGCUCCUAUAUCUCUUGCCCUGUGCUCUCUAUCUUGAGCUGAGAGGAGCUAAGAUCUUCCAGUUAGGCUCACAGGAGCAUCUUCUACUCCCUUUAUGUGGCUGUUGACCCCACUCAGUCUGACCUUGAGGUGCAGUUGGCAGAGGACGCCCUGAAUCUGAUGCCAUAAAAUAUGAGAGCAAAAUCCCUAUAGAUAUUAGGGUGCCUAAAGUCUUCUUGAUUUCAGUAGCCUCCAGGCCUUUCUGAAUCUGGGUCUGCUCUCCAGCUCCUCCUGCUUCCCAGGUGCUCCAUGCUCUCUGAGGAUGAUGGUGAUGUAGCACACUUCCCACCAGCCUGAAGUGUGAAACUAGAAGAUGCACAAACCUGUGUUGAACAACAAAUAAUGUGCAUUGCAGCUUGAUAAUGCUGAUGUCAGCAAAAUAAGCAAAAGCUUCUCCUCUUUGGGCUGCCAAAGGGAGGCUGUUUCUUGCCACACAGAUACCUCAGUGCAUUCACACCUGGGGCUGGUGCAACGACACCUCACUGUUUGCAUCAUUUCAUUUAGGCAUUUCUGAGCAGCAAACUCCUGCCAAAGGGGGGUGUCCUCCCAUGGGGCCCAGGGUGGAUUGUGCCCAUCAGCCCUUGUGAAGGUUGGGGUCUGUAGCUGGUGCAGGGGCUGGCACAUGGAGGCUGAAAAUUGGAGGUUUUCUCCUUAUUCAAAGGUCAUCUCAGAAACUUUAUUUGUGAAACUAAAUGGAGAAACUACAUCUGUUAAGACUGGUCUGUAUGAGCUUAUAUUUUGAUGUGUCUUACGGCUAUAAUUCCUUCCCUGUUUUUACAGUGUAUUCUGCUACCCUUGUUCCCUGGUCUAUGUUGCACAUUGAGGGUCACUAUGUGAAACUUGCCAGAUGCAGUCCUGGGCUUAUUGCUUCUCUUUAACUGAAUCAAAUUGAGAUGAUUUUGGCAAUGUAUUGGCAAUCUCUUUUCCUUCUGUUAGUUCAGUCUCUGAGUUUAAUGACAAUGACCUGAGAAAUGUUUGCUUUUUGGGUGUUUUUAAUUUUAAUUUUUGUUUUGUUUAAACAAAGCUGAACAAUUCCCACUGUAUUCAGAGCUGUGAUGCCCAGUUCCAGUGACAAGCACUAGAUGGAUUUGUCCCAUUUUGUUUCUUGGCAAUGUUCAGAAAUAUAAUUUGUGUCAUCCUGA